UAUGGAUCCCUGGGUAAGGAAAUGACAGAGUCAACAAUCGACGGCAAUGGCUGCUAACAUAAACACUACAUUCCUUCUGCCGUGUCCGUCGCAACAAUUAUGGACCUUUCCACAUGGAAUUGGAAGCUACUGUUGCCUCUACUCCUCUUCGGCAUUCUCUUCCCUUACGAAGACUGGGUAUCAACUCCAUCCUGCACCAUCGUGCCGACAACGGCGUACCCUAAUCAAGAGUACGUCGUCGAUAAAGAGGACAACACGGAGGAGGAUUUGAAAGUCAUGAUGGUCGCUAAUUUGUUGCUCUAUGGUUCCGAAGCUGGCAUUUUUAAUCAAUAUUUUAGAGAUUAUUACCUGUCCAAGUUUUUCAUGAAGUCUUUUCAUACAUUGAAGCCUGAUAUGCUGCUAGUAUUGGGUGAUGUUUCGGCUAAAGGAUUUGAGUUGACAAAAACUAAAUGGGUAUCUGUGCUACAUCAUUUUCAUCGAAUCAUAGGACCCUUUCUUGAGCUCCCGUUCCAUGUUGUUCUUGGUGAUAGGGAUGUUGGGGAAUGUAGUAAGCUUGAUGUAAGAUCUGUUCAAUGGCUAGCUAGGAGUUUUCCAGGUUUAGACUCAGCUGGUUGCGGUGCAUUUGAAAUUAGUAAUGUUAGCUUUGUCUCACUUAAUGCUGUUGCAUUGCUUUGUGGCAAUAAUAAGUUACGGUUUAACGUUGAAGGGGCAAUAGAAUCGGAAAGCAUAGAUCUCCAAAUGGAAACUGAAAACAUAUCAAAAGUGAUGGAUGAUUCUGAAAAGUUCAGUGAACUGUCUGAUAACUUUAGGUGGAGAGAGAACGCAAAGUCAUCUGGAUCUGGCCCUGUCCUCUUACUUCAUUUUCCGUUGCACCAGACAGCAAAUGGCAGCUGUAGGGAGGGCAGCAUUUUUGAGAAAGUUCCUAGCUUUUUUCAACGUGGCUCAAAUGCACUGCGCAGCAGGGAAUUUACUGAUAGUGGACCCCAUAAUUUAUUGCAUACAAUCCCACCAAAUGCUUCUGAAUAUAUUUUUCAAGCACUCAAGCCAAGGAUUAUUUUCAGCGCACACACCGAUGAAUUUUGCGAUCACACUCACUCAGAUGGGACUCGUGAGGUGACUGUUCCUGCAAUGACAUGGAGAGUGAGGGAUAACCCUGGUUUUGUUAUUGCCACUUUUCAUAGUGACAGAAGACCUGUAAGUGUCAGCUACUGCUCCCUUGCUAGAGAGUCUCAUGUGUUAAUGGUGCAUAUGUCUUUUCUGAUUCUAUUGCUGACAAUAUGGCUAGUGGCAAAUACACCUCUGCUUAGAAGUUUAAGAUGAUGAAGGGGGACUAGCUGUCCUGUAUUAUUUGUUGUACAUUAUUCAAUUUAUGAAUUUUGUGUCAGUUACAAUGAUAAAGCAUUUUUCUUUUU